CUGGAAUAUCAGUGGCUAAGUGCGUACUCCGUCAGUAUCGGUGCGCAGAGGACAGGCUGGGUGGUGGGGAUGAAUUUCGCGCCCGGAUUCCUGUUGAUCCACAAGCCCACAUGGUCCUUCCGGCCUGAGUAGAAAUCUCUUAGCAUCCCUAUAAGAGGCUAUGGGUUGUUAUUGGGGAUAAACCUCAGUGGCUACCACAAGAUGCGCUUUGCAACCUCCUUCCAGCUCAUUGCUCUUCUCGGCGCCUUUGUGUCCGCCUCCCCCGUGGAGAAAGACUGGAAGUACGCUGUUGGCUGGAACGGAAGCGUCCUCGACUCUUCAGCCAUCGGAACUCCCCUCGAAAACGUCGAGCGCUCGUCGCUCCAGGCUCGCACUCCGGGAGGCGUCUACAUCUGCACCGAUAUCAACUGGGGUGGGCAGUGCGGCUACGCCGUGCAGCAACUCGGCGCGUGCAUCGCGCUCACGGCGCCGUGGUACGACAGCAUCUCUAGCUUUGGACCCGAUGCCGGCGCCACUUGCUUCGCGUAUAGCCAGAACAGCUGCAGCGAGGCCCAGUGGACCUUCAGAAGUCCUGGAGACGCAACUGGCGGACUGGGAACUAGCAGCCCUUGGAAUGAUCGGAUCACCAACUUCAAGUGUGUGUAGAUAUAUACAAUGUACAAGCUUUAAAGUAACAAGCUCUCGGGAAAGAAAUGUAAUCAGAUUUCACUGUCUCA